CUGAGCGCUGUGAGAAGAGAGCACCAUGAAGUGGGGCUGGGUGAUCGUGGGGGUCCUCCUAACUUUGGGAGCCCUCAGUUGGGCUGACACUGGUUUGGAAAUCCCAGAGUAUGAUGGCAAAGACCGCGUCCACGAACUCACAUCCAAGAACUACAAAUCUAUCAUGAAGAAGUAUGACGUGAUGGUCAUCUACUACCACAAGCACGUGCAGGGCAACCGCGCGGCCAUGAAGCAGUUGCAGAUCGAGGAGCUGGCUCUGGAGCUUGCAGCUCAGGUCCUGGAUGACUUGGAGGACGAAGAUAUUGGAUUUGCUCUUGUUGAUGAAAAGAAAGGUGCUGCUGUUGCCAAGAAGCUAGGUCUGGAUGAGGUGGAGAGCAUCUAUGUGUUUGCUGAUAAUGAGAUCAUUGAGUACGACGGAGAAUUGGCAGCAGACACUCUGGUGGAGUUCCUGUAUGAUGUGAUUGAGGACCCGGUUGAGAUCAUUGACAAUGAACGUGAGCUCAAGGGCUUCUACAACAUGGACGAGGUCAUCAAACUGGUCGGCUACUUCAAGAGCGAAAAAUCCUCCCACUUCAUUGAGUAUGACGAUGCCGCAGAGGAGUUUCAUCCUUUUGUCAAAUUCUUUGCCACAUUUGACGCCAAGAUUGCCAAAAAAUUGAAGCUGAAAAUAAAUGAAGUGGAUUUUUAUGAGCCGUUCAUGGAGGAGCCUGUGACAAUCCCUGGAAAACCAUACAUCGAAGACGAGCUGGUGGAAUACAUUGAGCAGCAUGACAGGCCUACGUUGAGGAAGCUUGAACCUCACAGCAUGUACGAGAUCUGGGAGGAUGAUAUCGAUGGAGAGCACAUUGUGGCUUUUGCAGAGGAAGAUGACCCAGAUGGUUUUGAAUUCCUGGAAAUCUUGAAGGAGGUCGCUCGUGAGAACACAGACAACCCUAACCUCAGCAUCAUCUGGAUUGACCCAGACUUGUUCCCUCUGCUGGUUCCUUACUGGGAGAAGACCUUUGGCAUUGACCUUGCCUCUCCUCAGAUUGGCGUUGUUGAUGUUGAAGAUGCUGACAGUGUGUGGAUGGAAAUGGAUGAUGAUGAUGAAAUGCCCACCGCUGACGAACUGGAGCAGUGGAUCGAGGAUGUUCUUUCAGGCAAGAUUGACCCAGAUGAUGAUGAUGAUGAUGAUGAUGAUGAUGAUGAUGAUGAUGACGAUGAUGACGAUGACGAUGACGACGAUGAUGACGAUGAUGAUGACGACGAUGAUGACGAUGAUGAUGACGAUGAUGACGAUGAUGAUGAUGAUGACGAUGAUGAUGACGAUGACGAUGAUGAUGACGACGAUGAUGAUGACGAUGAUGAUGACGAUGAUGAUGAUGAUGACGAUGAUGAUGACGACGAUGAAUAAGUUUUAUUUUUUUAAUGUGAUUAAAUCAUUUAAUGUGAUAGUUUGAAAUCUAAAGCUGUAUCUGGUAGCUGAAACUACCUUAUACUAUCUUACUACUUCAACUGGAAUAACAGGCAUUUACUAAAACUGAACUAAUUUGACAAUCACAAACUAUCACUUUAAAUAUUGUGUAGCAAACCAUUUAGUUUGCUUUUGUGUGGUUUCCUGUGAAACCAGAACGGUAACUCUGGCAUGAUUCAAUGAUCCUGCCGGUAAGUUUUUUUAAAGACAAGGAUUGACCCUCUGAAGAGCGGGUUUAUAAAACAGGUGUGAGUUAUCAGAUAAUCGCACUAAUUUAACAAACAGUUUGAUACACACCCUUUCUACCGACAUUUUCCUAUAAUGAUAUUCAUGUUUAAAUGUCAUGUUUUUUACUUGAAAAAGAGAAGAAACACUUAAACCCAAACCCCACUGGACAGUCUUAAAUCCUGGCAUAUCUCCCAUGGAAAAAAUAAUGUUUAGCGGCUUAAAGAAUUAAGAUCAGCACACACUAGUACAUACAAUACAUGAUAUAAUUAUAUCAAUAACUCAUGUAUGUAUCACUGAAUAAAAGUUGGGAGAGUCAAACAGUGCACUGUUCUACGUGUUUUGCUGCUUUUGUAAAUGUUUGGCAGUAUGUGUUGUAUUUUAGGGUACAAGUUCUUGAUGAAAAACCAUCAUACUUGGCUUGAACCUAAAUUAAUGUGGAGCCUGGUGACGUUUUAUGAACUCACAAACCAAACUCAGAUAAUUCACAGAAAUAAAAGUAUCACUGCACUGGGCAGAGAAUGCAGUAUUUAAGAUACGUUGUGAUUCUUCUCUCAAUAAAA